AGCAGCAUUCACCACACUCUUCUCACUCAUCACACUUCCACACUGUUCUUUGUAACGAGAGCAAAGUGAUACAUCCACUUCGUCGUUGGUCAUCCCACCUCGACAUGACCACAGACCACACUACUCUACCCCAUCUUCCAGUCGCACAGCAGCAUCCACAGUCAGUUCCAUCUCAACAAGCCUCAUCUUCUUCAUCUCAGGGACAGCAUCAGCCUUCGUCCUCACACAUCCAAAGUUCUUCGCAAGGCUUCCUUCGCAAGUCUCAGUCUCAGUCUCAACCUCAGCCACAACCUCAGCCUCAGCAAUCCAUCCUUGAUCACACGCUCUACCAGGACAAUAGAAGAAACUAUUCUUCUUCUCUAUCCGCUAAUAAUAGCCCCCUUAUCCCAUCCGUCACCUCUUCGACUCUUCUUCCUUCUCCACAUCUUCCUACUUCUUCCACAAAGAAUAACAGUAAUCAAAUUAACAAAAGCGACAUGAUGAUGGUGGGACAUAAUAUCACCAACUACUCACAAACACUGCCACAGCCACCAUUGUCUCCUCCUCCUCCUUACACAAAGCAUCCCAUUCAGCGGCCAUAUCAGACAUCCCAGUCAGACUACCAAAAAACUUCUUCAUUUCCAUUACCUAACCCUGAAAGUAUUGGCCGUCUACCUGUGAGAAUGGGUUUGUCAGAUCCUCGAAUCGGCCAUUAUCUCAAACCGUCAAAAUCUACAUCUGCAUCUGCAACCUUACCCGCACUUGAACAUACUACCCAUACCCUAUCCUCACCACUCCAAGACCAUGUUCCUUCAAGGCCUUCUCCGCAGUUAUCCGCCGGAUAUCUUCAUGGCACUGUGCCUGCCCGGUCCUAUUGGCCAGGAUCAACUUACAACAACAGUAACAGCAGUCAUAGACCAACUUCUCCACAAGUCCCUAAUAAAUUCAACAAGCUCAUGGCUGAUGACACUGGGCAGUUGUCAAUCCGUCGAGACUUUGAGCUGUAUGACUCUCCCAACCCUAAUACAUCGCCUCAGUCAAGACAGAGCUAUGACAAACAUCCUGCAGCUCGUGGGCAUAAUCAUGAAAAUCACUCCAAUCAUCCCAAGGUUUGUCACGGAGCUGCGCACGGACACUCAACCGUUGUGCGCUCCUCCGCAGACUCUUUAGCUACAAGAUCAUCAAGCUCCCCAAGCCCUCUGCCAAGCCCUGCACCUACUGUCUCGCUGUCACCUGACUUGCAUCUGACUUGCAACAAUAAGACCCAGCAUCGUCCCCACACCACAUCUCAGAAUAAUAUUCAACAUCCACAUGAUCUUUUGUCACCCUCCAGUUCAGAGGCAGAUAUUGGCGCAGACUCUAAAACUAUUCUCUCGCCAUUAUUUCCAUCGAGUCCUCCAGCAGUGUUCUCAAGCAUUCCACAGUACGGCGGUACGCAUCUCUCGUCUCGCCCCUCAUCAGCUUGCUCGGCUCCUAUAUAUAUGACAGCUUCACUAUCCGGAUCAAGCAAUAGCUCUACUGUAUCGCGGCCAUACGAUAGUGCAGCAGGAAAUCGGCCAAUGUCACCACCUUCAUUGGCUCCAUGGACCUCCAACAAGAAUCAAACCUCAUAUGCACACUCGCAUCCACACAAAUUACCACCGAGCCGAGCACCAGAGCGUUCGGGGCAAGAGGUGAUGCGCACAUCGUCAUUGGAUACAGAAUCGAGCGAAUACAUCAAUUUGGAUUACUAUACCAUAUACCGUCAGAAUCCUCGACUGCUACGACCAGAAGGCGGUCGAUACGACGAGAAGCGACAUCAUGAGGCAUCCAGCGAAAACCAACACCAUGAUGAAGAGGAAGGACAUGCUACCAUGCAAGGAAAGGCCAGGUUUCGAGGCAGUGCAGGCGAGAGCUCAUCAACGGGCGUGUCUAGAAGACAAUCUAUGCCUCUGAUAUUAACAGCCACUGGCAGAGUGCUGCGCCAUGAGGACGCCAAGCAGGGGUCGACAUCGGAUGUUGCCCGCAAUUUCGGCAUUUAUUCAUCGCCCAGUAGCAAACCCAAGUCAACGUUUUCCAACAGGUCCAUCUCAGAAGGUUUAGGAAGCUCAUCUUCUGGAAGCUCAUCACGCCCCGCAGCUAUGUCGAUUAGCCACCUGUUGACAGAUGAUUCAUCUAUAGAUACGGAUACUGAUCUAAAGCAUUUUUACCGCGAUUGGUCCGAGAAUAAUGACAGUGAUAUCGGAACCAACUUCAAGCGUCAACGAACAGACUCUACUUCAGUGGUAUCGCAAGACAAUGAUACUGAGCCCAUCAAGCGCACUCGUAUGUCUAAAAAACGAGCAGCGGAGUUGGGCUUGUUGGAUGCUGACGGCAACAUCAUUAGCAAUCGCAAACGCACCAAGAAAUCUCAUGGUGGAGAUCAUGUGUCUUCUUCGGGCUUUACACAUGGUGGUGAGCGUGUAGUUCAGGAACCUGAAGAACUGGUGAUCCUUGAGCCGGAUGUUGGACCCAUCUCAAUGUUGGAUGUCAAGACCCCACCCGCAGUUCAUUGGAAGGGUCAACCUCUCUCAAUCACAGAUAAACCUGGUAUUGAAUACUUGCAUCCUCAUGAGGCAAAGAUUGCUUCGAUUCUUCGACUUUCACCUGCCCAGUAUCUGAACUGUAAACAAACUAUCAUUCUUGCCUCGCGUGAUUACUUUGCAGUACCCAACGGCAAACCAUUCCGCAAAUCGGAUGCGCAAAAGAUGUGUCGCAUUGAUGUCAACAAGACUAGUCGACUUUGGGAGUUUUUCGCUAAAGUUGGAUGGCUCCAAGGGAUCAGUGCCAAAGAUGUUUAAAAAAUGGACUUUAUGAAAACAACUUGAAAACAAAAC